UUGAGUGAAUAAAAAUAAUUAGUCAUAAAAAAAAUUGUGAUGCGUACGUUUUUAAUAAUAAACGCACUGGCAACCACAAUCGCGGCGGAACUGAAAUAAAAGUUAAUCCCACGUUAAUGAAGUGAAAAUUAAAAUAAGUUAAAUAAGUUCAAAAUGUUGUCUCAUGUAGCAGCUUUAUUUUUAUCACUGAGUGCACUCCAUGUGACACGGACACACGCAGCAAAUCUACGAUGUUAUAAAGGGUCACUAGACAACUACCUGACAACGCCUCUAGAGGAGCCUCUGGCCGUAACCUACUCAUCCUGCAUCGACACCUCGCUACCAACGAUUGUGUACACCUUCGGCUACCGCGGCCGGGUCGGCGGGCCGGCCACGACUGCCGUGCUGACCGCCUACCUAAACACCAGGAAGAGAAAUGUGCUGCUGCUGGACUGGGAGAACGAGGCCAAGAGUGGGGCGCUGGGAAUAGCGCUGGGUUAUACGUUGUUUGCCGUGCCUAAUGCUAAAAAGGUCGGUGAAGAACUAGGAAACUCAUUGGUGAGACUGGCGAAGGCCGGGCUAAACACGACUCAAAUACAUCUGGUGGGCCACUCGCUCGGGGCACACGUCAUGGCGUACGCAGGCAAGCGCUCCAGGGAGCGAGGAUAUGUAGUUUCCAGGAUAACCGGCCUAGACCCGGCGCGCGCGCUGUUCGAGGGCUCAUUCGCGCUGCAAAGCGGGCUGGACCGCACGUGCGCGCGCUUCGUGGACGUGGUGCACAGCGACCCCGGCGGCUACGGCGCCGCCGCCGCCGCCGGCACCGUCGACUUCUGGCCCAACUACGUCGGCAGCGGCGGCACGCAGCCCGGCUGUCCGGCCGGCGACUUCGAGAUGUUUAGCGCGGAAGACCUGUGCAGCCACGACCGCGCGUGGCGCUACUUCGUGGAGGCCAUCGCGGCGCCCACGGCCUUCCCCGCCGCCGCCGCUCCCAGCCUGGAGGGCUGGCUCGCGAGGGAUGGCCAAACCUCUGACACUAUCUACCUUGGCGACUUGACCAACACACGGGCGAGAGGCAACUACUACCUCACGACAAACCCGUCGCCGCUGUUCGGCCGGGGUCCGUCAGGCCUGAGGCCCGACGACAACCAGGCUCGGCGACGGCGGGCCUCCACGCUCACCAGGCUGCUUAAGUACCUCCGGUGAUACCUGCGGGACACGUGGGACGGGACUAGGACAGCUGUGCGGAUCGUUUUGGGUCUACUGCUGUGAGGGACUGAGGUAGAGUUGUUCAAUGUUGACUUUUUUU